AUGUCAAUGGUGCCCUUCUCAUUAGCUGUGUGGCUGCUUCUACUGCCUGUGCUGCUACAAGGUGAGUGAUGGUGUGGGGCAGGGGCGCCAGCUUGAAAAUAUUGGGGACCCAGGUAAGCCCCACCCUGCAUAAUCAGUCACAAGACUCAGUGCACAGACACCAUUUGAAUGGCAAUGCCCAUCAACUUGGGAAGCGAGGUGGCCCCCUCAAAUAUUUUAUGGGGGGUGCUGAAGGGACCCUGGUCCCUAGGAGUUGGCUUCUAUGGUGUGGGGAGACAAUGGAGGGAAGGUAAUUGAGGAUGAGAGAAUCAGUCACUUCUCAGGGGAGUUAAAAUGGGAGUAGGAGAAGCACUAAGCCAAAAAAGGAGAUGCAUGGUUUAUAAGUGCAAACAAAGGAGUUUCUCACACACUGGCCUUUCAAGUGGAACUCAUAUUCCUUUCCGCUAGGGAGACAAAUGUAUGUCAGCAGAUAGUGGCCUUGUUCUCAUGUAAUGUUCAACUAUGGUUUGUUAACUAGGGUUUGUUAGCAAACUGUGGUUUGAUGUUGGCUUAACUAGUUUAGCAUUACUAGUGAACCUGGAUAGCGAUUCUUGGUUGAAAAAUGACAGGAUUGCUUAACCAAAGCUGGUCCUCACUCCCCCACCCCCUUGUACUCUAAGGUGUGCUCAUUUGGCUUACUUAUGGCUCUUUCUCUUUGACAAGUUGGACUAGCAGGAUUUGAACUCCAAGUCUCUGUUUUCAUUAAUGUUCUAGUUGUUCUGGAUCAUCUUUCACUGUGUUACAACUGACUUGAUGUGUGUAUGUGUGUGGAAGGUUUUUUUUUUGGCUCAUGGUAGUACUUGGUAACAGACAAUUAGCCUUCACUGGGCCCAAGGUUGGCCCAAGACAUGUAACCACCUGAGGCAAAGAACAAGAUGGUGCCGCCUCCUUAUUCCACAUAAAGAAACCAACUGAACUGGCAGCCAAAUUUUAUUUCAACACUGGCCAUAGGUUCACACCCUUCCACUGCAGCUGAGGAAGCAGAUCAGAUUUAGUCCUGUGACACAGAGGAAAAUGGUGGGCUGGAAGGUGGGACCUCAGGUAAAUGUGUUGAGUGCUAUUGCCCCCUUUUUUUGUAUGAGGCUGACAUUUGAUAACUAUACAAAACACUUACUUACUUACUUACUUACCAUACUUACUUACAUAAAAUACUUAACAUGCUUCAGGAUAGAGUCUUGGUGUUAGAAGCAUGCUCCAGAACUAAAGUCCCAAUGAGUCUCUGUUCAAAUUAAGCCCUGUAAUAAGCUCUACCAAUUUGGCUAGGAAAAUAUACUCAUAACAUAUGUGUCACAAUAUAGAGCUGUAUUCUUUUUUUAAAAUAAUACAUUGGUAACAGAUUGUAACCUGGGCCUCUUCCUCUUUCUCCUACAUAGGCACCUGUUUUUCAGUAUUUGUUCUUCAGUGUCUCUUAUAUGAAAAACUGAAAUGUUUUCCCUUCAUUUUUGUUUUCUACAGAUGCUGCCAGCUCUGAAGCAGGUAGGAACCCCUGUAUAUUUUGUUUUUCCUACUCAACAAUUUCACAGGCUCAUGGAUGGGCUGAACCAAAGGGGAGUCUCAUCAAAAUGUAGGGCUGCUAUAAACCUAAUGAUCAUGCAGACCUCUUGUUAAACAUGAGCCUCCAAGUGGAUUUAGAAAUAUACUUAAUAAAUAAAUAAACUGAAUAUUGCUUCAAUUGCUUCAAUAUAUGGUGAGCAGCCUUGCUGCAGUGAGAGGCAUUAUGGCUCUAAAUAUGAUUGACUGGAAACCAUUAUCAAUAACUGGAAAUGUUCUUUAAAAGGUUGCAUACAAAUAUUUGUUUUUUUGUUUCAGGCAAAGCUUUUUAUGUUUGUUUCUGUAUGUGCUUCAGUGCUGGUGUUAUUGUGACUUAUCUUUUUAAACCCUCUUUCCUUCUUCCACAGUUUGUGGGAAGCCAGCUCAACGAAUUAUAGGGGGUGAACCAGCUCCCUCUGAUGGGUUGUCAUGGCCCUGGCAAGUCAGCAUUUUAUAUCGGGACCAACCUAUUUGUGGAGGCGCCCUCAUAGCCGAGAAGUGGGUCCUGUCAGCAGCUCACUGCUUCCCUAAGUAAGUUUCUGGUGUACUUGGCCGUGAAGGCAUCAUUCAGUUUCACCCUAGAGGCAGCUACAAGGCCAAACUAAUAUUAUAUGCCUAACACAGAGGGCAUCAGUGUGACACCCACAGGCACCAGUGUCCCUGCCAGUACGCCUUAUGGCAUCCACAAAAUGUCUCAGCAAAUAACAUCUCCUGUCUCUUAUAGAUGUGGUGGCCAUUUUGUUUUGUACCUCACAGCCCAGAGCAGCCAUUUUGUGACUAGCACCCAAGCACUUCCUCAACGUUCCCAAUGUGCCCAUUGGCCCAGAAUGACUGCCCAUGGCUGGCCUAACAGCUACUCAGUGCCUUGGCCUUGCCAAAGCAGAGCCUGACAGAGCAAUGAAUAAUAAAGUUAAAGGAAGCAGAUAGCUGGCAGAAGGUAUAGAUUGGGGCUGGGGGAUCUUUUUCAGCCUGGAGGUGGUUGGGGCCAGAGAUGAAUGUCAAUGGAGCAACAGCAGCAGCUUUCACCUUUGUACAGUAGGCUACAUUCAAGCCAUGUAGCUCUGAAUGCAUAUUGCAUAUUUUAAAACAUGCAAAUGGAGACAAGCGUGCACUGACAAGCAUAGUUCUGUCUAUGCCUGAGCAGUAAAUUGUUCAAACUCCAGAACCAAACUCAAAACACAAACUUUAUAGGCUCAAGUUGAAUGCCAUUAAGGUAAAGGAACCCUGGACGGUUAAAUCCAGUCAAAUUUGACUAUGGGGUGUGGUGCUUAUCUCCACUUUUGUACUAUAGUGUCAUCUGAUAUCUGCUGACCACCUGAUUUGGGAGGGCACUGAAAUAACAAAACACAUCAGAAAUUAUGCCAGUAGCUCCCUCUUGGAGGUAAAGAGAACAAGGUGACUUGCCAAUGGUCAGGGAUGUAAACCAAUGGCCCUGCAGAUAUUGUUGGGCUCCUACUCCCAUCAGCCCCAUCCCAUGUGGUCAGUGGCCAGAGAUGUUGUGAGUUUAAGUCCAGCAUCUGGAGGGCCAAAGGUUCCCCAUCCCUGCCCUAUAGCCUGGUUGCAAGAAAUGGCAAGGACUUAUGCUUAUGCACAAUUUAAAAAAACCCAGAGGGAAAGCAAAAAUGAAUGGGUGCUAAUGACUUGUCCGGAGACAUGGAGGGGUCAACCUGGGGUCCUCUGCUUGGAAAGAGCUAUGACCUUUGCUCCACUGGGUUGCUAUGGCCCUAGUCUCCCCUUUAAACUAGACAUGUUGACAUGAGACUGAAUUACAAGGUCUAAGGGCACUCACCUCUUGGAGACCAGUUUAGCAAAGAUCUUGAUGCAUUUUGCUCUUGUUUUUUUCACUUACAGCAUCAAGAGCCAAACUACCCAUUCUGAUGUGGUGCUGGGUGCCUAUCAGCUCCUGAACACUUCAAGUAAAACAGUAACAUCUGAUAUCCAACAGAUUAUCCUCCAUCCCGCCUAUGACAGUGAUAGCUCCAGAGGGGAUAUUGCUUUAGUAGAGCUGAAGUCCCCUGUGAGUUUCACCAAGUACAUUCUUCCCAUCUGCUUGCCAGAGACCUCUGCAAAGUUCUCAGUGGAAGAAAGCUGCUAUGUGACUGGAUGGGGAGAUAUUCAACCUGGAGGUGAGGAGAUGGAGAAGUGCUCCUUCAAGCAAGGUUCUCCUUCAAGCUCUGUUUACUUUCAUGCCAGCAAUGUACACUGCACUUUUAUAGGGCAAUCUGGCUCAGGUGGAAGAUGCUGGAUGAUGCGGUUGAAAUGCUGGAGGAUAGAGGCGGGUAUGAUUUGCAGCCUGGAGUAGCCAAGGAGGUGCCUUCCAGAAGUUGUCCACUGUAAUUCCCAUCAUCCCUGACCAUGGACAAUAAUGUAUUGGGCUGAUGGGAGUUAUAUUCCACAACAUCUGGAAAGCAUCACAACCUCCAAUCAGCCCAGUGCUGAGGCCUAAUGGAUCUUAGAUGGUAAAGUAUUGCAGAGACAAGGGGCCACUGUAAAAAGAUCCUACCCCUAAGAGUUAUAAAUACCUGCAAACCAUGAAUAGUUAGGGCCUCAGGCUGGGUAUGAGGAGAGAAACAUCAAAAGCAGGAAAACAAGACCAUGGAUUACUUUGAAGACAAAGAGUUUUUGCUGGACCUGAGAGUAAACAGGAAGGCAGUAAAGGGAACUAAUCCGAGAAUGCAACUCACACCAACUACCACUAUGUUAUCUGGUGCAGCCAUUACAUACCCGACAAGUGUCCUGGGAAAAACCAGUACUUCCUGUUUUGUCCUGUGAGAGCACAUUUUGGGUUCCGUAAUCUUGCACGAUUUCGUGCCAUGAUCUCUCCUGGACAGAAGUGCUUUUUCAGGUCUGUAAUAUCAUGCAGUGCCCCAAAACAUGCAUUUUGGGGUGUCAGGCUAUUGUGUGACAGCACAGGCCCAAAAAAAGUAUGUAUUUUGGGCUCUGUGAUCUCACGCAGGUCACGUGACUUACACAGGAGCACAGCUGGGAAGACACGUAUCCCGGUUUUAGGACUCAACAUGUUGGAGGGUAUGUCAUUGCAGCAGUGAGAUGGUAUCUACAGGCCUGAAUUUGAGCCAGGCCAGGCCAGAGCUCAACUUCUGGGCUGCCUUGUAAUGGUAGAAAAAUGGCCUUCAGACCCAUGCAUUAGAAAGAAUGUCUGUGAGACAGAAUGUCUGUGAGACAGAGUGCCUUUUGAUAGUAUAAUCAUGUUACUUUGUUGCAGCAAACACACACACACACACACACAGAGAGAGAGAGAGAGAGAGAGAGAGAGAGAGAGAGAGAAGUGCAGCACUUUGAAAACUAGCAAAUAUAUUUAUGGCAUAAGCUUUUGUGGAAUUGUCCACAGAAGCUUAUGCCAUAAUAAAUGUGAUAGUCAUUAAGGUGCUUCAAGACUCAUUGCUGCUUUUAUUAACCACAAAGUAACUACAAAUGAAUAGGACAUAUGAGGAGGCAAGGUUUGAAAUCCAAGCAUGCAACUUUCCAGCACACCUUCUCCCUUUGGAAAAUGGAUGGAGCCAAGGGUAGGGGAUGGUGGAAGUUGUAGUCGAACAGCUUCCAGAGGGUCACAGGUUCCUUGUUCUCCAAGUUAGAGUUUCACAACAGUCUGGAAGCUAACAGUGCUACCACUUUUCUCACCAGUAGAUGGUGAAAGUGAACCCUCUUAUACAAUUCUAUAAGCAGAGCGGAAGGAAAAGGCAAUCAGCUGGCCACUUAAUCAUACCUUAUUAUUGUGCCUGGUUUUUUAUCAGGAAUUGAUGUUAAAAUGCAGAUUUCUUUCUCUGUAUGCUGUAAAGUUUCGCACAUGUCUGGGCAGUGCUUUGCGAUAUCUCAGAAACCAGUGGUCAGGGGAGAUGGACGCAGUCACUAUUUGCUUUUGCCUUCCUCCGUCUAUAUUAAAUGCAGAAUGGACAAUGUAAAAUAGGCAGCUAUUAGAGUAUACAUUGGGAUAAGAGAUAUAAUUGGGAUGGGUGGCUAUCCACCUGAUCACAUCCCUAAUGAUACAUUUGCUUCCUCUUACAGUGGAAUUGCCACCCCCACUAACCCUCCAGGAAGUGAAAGUGCCACUCAUAGACCGAGAAAAAUGCAAUUCUCUCUUCAACGCUACCCAGCAUGAACCACAACUCCAUAAUCCGGUCGGCCCUGGUAUGAUCUGUGCUGGCUACCAAGAAGGAGGCAAAGAUUCCUGCCAGGUAGGAUGCUCCAUAAGUGUGGUUGGCUGUGGUGGGCAGGAGCACCCCAGAAAAGGAGGGGACAGGCUCCAAAGGUCUAGCUCAGGUAUGGAGAACCUGUGGCCCUCCAGACAUUGUCAUCCCCCCUGAUCAUUGGCUCUGCUGGCUGGGGCUGAUGGAAGUUGGAGUCCAACAACAGCUGGGAGGCCACAGAUUUUUCCAUCCUUUGUCUUGGUUUUAUUCACAGGGCCAGCAGUUCAGAAAUGUAGCCUUCUCAGAAGAUGAGUACAGGCCUACUUAAAUAGACCUGACAUGAAAAUGCAAUAUGUCAGCCUUGUAUUUUAGCAGUGGGGUAGUAGACAUAGGUGGCAAGGCAUUACAUGCAAGCUAGUGAGCAGGCUGGCAGAGGAGAGAGAGGGUGCUCCAUCUCUAAUCUGUAUCCACCAUAGAAGCCAAGAGGUCUGCUGGAGGAGGCAAUUUCCACGCUCCAGGCCCUGCAUUAAAAUACAGUGGGCUGCUGCGAUAAGGACUGAGCUGUUUGUCUCUCCUCUCCUGGCCCACAGCAAGCAUACAUUUUUGCAGGCCCACAGCAAGCUAACAUACAUUUUUGCAGGCCAGUAACAUUGGAAGACUUCUUUACAGGGCUGCAUUAUAUAUUCAUUAAACUGAAACUGAAAGUCUGGACCAGGGAUAGAAGGAUCUGUCAAUUUCGGCUUUCAGCAUUUUAGUGUGAAUUUCUCCCAAUAAACACAAUUUCAUUUGCCGUUUUGACAAAUAUACAUGUCUGUGCAAGCAAUAUUUUAAUAAUAUAUGCAUCUUUGUUAACAUUGUUUAGUUGGAGAACUGAAUCACAAAAUUCAGAUAUGUGCGAAUUUCAAUAGAUAGCUAUGUUUCAGUUCCCAUAUUGUUUUGGGAAAUUCAAAUUUGGUCGUUUCAGCCUUAUUCAUAGUUUCUCCUCCAUACCUUAGCCAUUUCUCCAUUACCUUAGUCUAGCUGGGAGAUGGUUCCUGAACUAUACAUGAGGACAAGACCAGAUCUGUAAAGGAAAUAAGCAUAAUCUGUUUUGAAACCAGUCUCCAAAACCCGCUCUCAGGAAGCUUCCUGUAACUGUGGACUGACUGCUAUCUCUCUCUCCACAGGGUGACUCCGGGGGACCCUUAUCUUGCCCAUGUGAUGGACAUUGGGUCCUGGCUGGGGUUGUGAGCUGGGGGAUAGGCUGUGGCCGCCCUGGUCUCCCUGGUGUCUAUUCUUCAACCCCUUUUUAUGCCACUUGGAUCUCCCAGCAUAUACCCAAUAUGACCUUUGCGGUGUGUGGAAAGGGUGGGACUACAAGUGGGAAAAGUGAGGUGAAUGGCAGAGAACAGAAUUCCGCUGUUGUGACACUCCUCCUAGUGUUUUUUACAUUGACCCUUCUAUGAGAUGCUCCUCUCUCUGCCUUCUGCCCAUCUACUGAUGGGUUAUGUGGAAUUUGUUCAGAAUUUGGGCACAGAUGCAUUUAAAUUGCUUUACUGAUCAGUAGUGAUUUAAGUCCUAUAUGCUCUGACAAUUUAUUCAACCAAGGGUUCUGGUUUGGGGACGCAACAGGAACACAGGCCACUCACUGCCUUAUAGCAAGACAGACUGUCAGUUCAUCUAGUUUAGGAUUUUAUACCCUUGCCUGGCAGUAGCUCUCCAAGGUUCUGACAGGAGCCUUUCCCAGCCCUACUGGGAGAUGCUGGGAAUUGAACCCAGUGGUGGAGCAAGCCAAUCAGGCGACUGGGGUGGCAUGCGUGCUCUGCGCCCAGAGGCAGGGCCACCACACGUGGGGGUGGGGUCAGCUGCCCACGGGGCGGGGCCAGCCAGGGCAGGACGCUCCAUGGCACCUCUGAGGAAUCUGCCGCCCUACAGCUGAGGGGGAGGCGGCGGGUGGACCAUUUGGGGCAGCAUGGAACCUGAGGGCGCCCAACCCACCACGUCACUCCCAGGAGAGACAUGUGGCUUAGGCACGCUGCAGGCCCCGUGGUGAGUGCCGCCUGGCAUUUUGUCACACACACACACACACACACACACACAGUGUUGACACCCGGGGUGACCCACCCCCACCACACACCCCUUCUUCCACCCCUGAUUGAACCUAAGACCUUUUGGAUGCAAAGAUCAAUAUUCUUUUAAUCUGUUGAAAGAGUUAAACGAUGUGGUAAGAAGCCGCAAAGAAAUAUGGUGCCCAGAAUAGCGGGGUUGUAAUUUAUCUUCAGUUCAAUAUUAUAAUGUUAAUUCAUAUAAUUUUAUACUUCUGCUUGUUUGUACUUGAUCAAAGAAUUGUUAUAUGGUAUUUAUAAAUAUUUGUGAAUAUUUUCUUGCUAUUACUCUGUAUAUAUAGUUGCUGUAUAUUUUGCUUUGCUGAACCUGUUGAAAGAAGUACCCAGAAAUACCCAGGAUUAUUAAAAUGAGCAAUUGGACCAACUUUCUGUGGGGGGGGUGCACACACAUACUUUUGAGGAAGUACCUUCUUUUGGCACUUUCUACUUCAUACUCUAGAGAGCAUUCAAUAUAUCUCAUAGCCCAUUGGUGGUCCACAGGCCACAGUUUGGGAAUCCACAGUUUAGGAGAAUGUGGAACAUCACCUGAAGGAGUAAAUUGACACUUUCAAGAUGCUUCUCCAGAAAGAAGACUGAUAAAUUCAUUGGGAAAUGGAGACUGAGUAGUUUUCUGGGCACAUCAACACCACAUGUUUGAGGCACUCUUAUAUCACUUUAACAGAUAUGGGUUCUUCCUCAAGAACCCAGAGAACUGUAGUUUAUUAAGGGUGCUGACACCACACAACUACAAUCCCCAGCUUCCUUACCAAGCUAUGAUUCCCAGGAUUCUCCAUUACUGUUAAAAUGGCAGAAGAGCGCUUUAAAUGUAUAGAGUGGGUGUAAUUGUUUCAAAAUAAGGAUAUCCUUGGGAUUUCUUCUCAGUGUUACAGUAAGCCUAGCUCCUCCUUGUUGAGGUUUUAUUGUAAAAAUUACACAUUAAUGUAAAUAAAAAGAAAAAUGAAGCAUAUUUGUAUUUUACUAUUUCCUAUACAUUGUAUAUUACACACCGAAUCCAUUCCUGUGUGAUUGAUCUCAGUUGUUUGUGGCGUACGCUUUUCUGUUGGUCUGGCAAGUGGGCAUAUUACCAGCCCUUGCAAUAAAGUUGAGUAUCAAUUGUUGAGAGAGAAAUGACAAGAGAAGGAAAGGAGAAUGGGAAAGAAAGUAAGUGGCUGUUUUGCUUCGGGGUGGGGUAUACUACCUUUUUAUUUUCAUAUGCUUACAAUUAUUUGCUUAGUGGGGGAAUCUCGGAAGUAUGUGAAAAUCCCUACUUUGUCUGUGGUUGGUCUAUUUCACUGAUAGGCUUGAUGCCACCAAGUUCACAAUUUGCACAUACAAUUCAUACACUAAAGACGUAUCUCUUUGUCCUGGCCUCUGAUACCUAAAUAUAUUUUCAGGACCCACCUUGCUCUUCUGAUUGUUAAUUGCUUUAAAUGACUUUAACAUUGUAUCUCUGUAUUGUUGUAAGCCAUCGUGGGACCUUUCCAUGAAGGGUCAAAUCAAUCAAUAUAUUUCUGCACCCUUGAGGAAUCCUCUAAUUAUUGAUUGAUUUGUUAAAUUUUGAUGCUGCCCUUUAAUUGAGUUACUGAUUUGGAUACUCCUGUAGAAAAGUAGGGUUCAGUCAUGUACUGAAGUGAACCGUAAGUGCAGAAUUAUCCUCCUUUCAAUUUCUUUGCUCUACCAAACAGAGACUAGAUUUAUUUUUCUUCCUGUUUGCCAUACUGAGUAUACAGUACAAAAGUAUCAAUUAAGCUUUUGUCCAGUGUUGCUGAAGCUGAUUAUUUAUUUAUGCAUAUUUACUCACUCAAAAAACCUAUGCAAAUACAGCUAAUAGUCAGCACCAAAGAAAGGCUAUUACAGUAGUUGUUCUGCACAGUGUAAGCUGUGUGCAUGUGUAUUCUUUCUCUUAGUUGAAUAACACUGCAAUCCUACUUUGACUUACCUGGGAAUAAGUCCUCAUGGCAGAGUAAGAUGGCCAGUUCAGGUGGCAGGUGCCGAGGGGUGUGGAGUGACUAGAGCUCAGUGGAUGCUAGUCCAUUAGGCCGAACGGGCCAUUGCCCCACCAACCUCAAUCUGACCUCAGCAAGCCCACAUAUCUUACUUCCAACCAGUCCAUGGGGUGCCACUGGCUGUCAGCUUCCUCUUGCUCUUCUAGAACUCAGCAGGGAGCAGGGGACCAUUUUAGAAUUAGUUGGCUCUGUUAGUCAUUAACUCAGGCUCCACAGACUGUUUGGGCUCCCUGCUCCUAUCCCACUAGUCCCCAGCCCCCACUGCUGUGCAUGCUUUAUUUUCUGUCCUACCCUGUGCUAUUUUUCUAGAAAAGGAGGUGCUGAAACUCACCACAAACUCCUCCCUUGUUCUCUUUUAAUAGCAAUGGUGCACACCUGAGAGGUGCCAGAACUGAGUUUUUGUGAGUUUCAGCUGCAAAAAAAGCCCUGGUCCUACACCAAGUGCUUUUUUGUGACACUAUUCACUGGUAUAGUGAACCUUCCCAUCCAAUUAUUAUUAUUAUUAUUAUUAUUAUUAUUAUUAUUAUUAUUAUCCCAUUUCCUUACUGCCCAUGGCAGCCAUUUUGUGCUGGCAGCCUGUCUUGCCAAAUGCAAGGUGGUUCUUUUAAAAUGAUAUUCAGAAGCAAUACAAAAUACACAAGUGAGUGAGAAGAUUAAAGAUUUUAUUCUAAAACAGCAAGCAAUGUAUACAUACCAAGCAAGCACUUCAAUCUGCCACCUGGAAGCCCUCAAUCAGCGUCAAAGCUACUCCCCUCAGGUAGUCUCAGUUUGCAUGGCCCGAUCAGUCCAUGCAUGAAACUCUGCCCAAACUGUCCGAUUUUAUAUACAGCCUGUGUGGCUUCCAAGACUAGCGACGUACAAAUCGUCCAUUAGCCACCCCCUCCCAAUGCCUCACUUUCUCAAAACAUGUCAAACAUGAAAGAAGGUACCCAGCACAUGUUAGGAAUGCAUUCUUUAAAGAAACAGCUAAGGUUCCUUUAAACUUUAAAAAGCAUUCCAGAAGUUUCUUCAAUGUGUGGGAGUGCCCACUUAAUUGGAGUCAGCUGAAGAUGCAGUUAAAAGAAGGAGCUAUGAGUUUGCCAUUUGAGGCACGAAGAAAGCACACACACACACUGAGUAUAUACUGUGCUGGAGAGAUAUAGAGGGCAUGUAAAUAGUUUGUUCCUGCCAACCUAGCAGUUCGAAAACAUGCAGUGCAAAUAGAUAAAUAGGUACCACUCUGGCAGAAAAGUAAACGGUGUUUCCGUGCACUGCUCUGGUUCGCCAGAAGCAGCUUAGUCAUGCUGGCCACAUGACCUGGAAGCUGCACGCCGGCUCCCUCAGCCAAUAAAGCGAGAUGAGCGCAGCAACCCCAGAGUCGGCCACGACUGGACCUAAUGGUCAGGGCUACCUUUACCUUACUAAAUAGUUUGUAUAUAUUUGUAAUAGAAAUUCUUGUGCAACCAGUCAAGCAAUAAAGAAGCUCUUGGCUAAGGACUUUGACUAUGACUACUGUUCUUGUCAUCUGCCACCAGGGAAAUACUCUGCUGUAAACAGUAAGAUGAUUUUUUGCUGAGGUGCCACCACACAAGCAGAAGGCGCAGCAGAAGUGUGUGGGUGGUAACCUCCAGUAGCACCAUCCUCCACAACUGAUAAGGCAGCUGUGGGGGGCUUCACCUCCUCCCAGUGUUCCCAAAACAUUUAAGACUGUUCUCAAAACAUUCAUAUUGACAUUCCAUGGGGGUGGUGGAACAGAGGCCGAAAGAGCUCCAUGUCAGACCAAUAACUCCUAGAUACAUUUUGUCUUCCAGGUGCAUUUCCCAUACACAGCCAUGGCACUUUUAUCAAUAAAGCACUGCCUACACCUCCUAAGCUAGCCUGCUGCCCUUGUAAAAAGUGAAGUAUACUUUCCCAUCACCGUUGUUGAGUAAGAUUCAAGUGUCUGUCCAGUUGGUUUCUGCCCAUGGGAUAAGGUACCAUCUUCUCCUUUCCCUCAGGCUGCAAUAUGUCCUGGGCCAGUCAUGGUAUUGAAAGCCACCAAAGAAGUCCAGGAGAACAAGCAGGGUCUCGUUUUCAGACCUUUUUGUGAUUUCAAUGGAUUCACAUUGAGUAUGACUAACAGUCAAUCUCACCUGAUAUUCAGCCCAGUUAUGGCCUGUAUGGGUUGCUUUAGACAUUUCCUUCUCUAUGGUCUGUCUCUGCUCUCUUGGAAUCAACUCUACUGUUGCAACCUUCUCACUUUGCAUACAAAGUCACACCCUUUACGGCAUGUGUGUGACAAAGAAAGAGGGGGAACCAGGAAACUAAUAUGUUUGUUUUGAAUGACGGAACAUAGUGCUACUUCAUAUGAAGAAUGCACUUGGUGCAUUUAAAAAGGGUGAUCUCUCCUUCCCUCUAAAACUAACUGCUUCUGCUAGAAGUACAGAGUCUUUUCUGGCCAGCUCUGAAAAAGCUAGGUAAGAAUGAUAAAUACUAGGAAAGGAUGUUUGUAUAUUUGAAACGCAAUGGCAGAGUCAUGUGAGAGGGCCAAACCAGAUGCUACGUAGGAGAUCUAUGGCUCCAUGCAUGUCUCUCCAUGCAUAAUUUCCUCCCAAACUGAUUCCCCAGAUCCAAAUCCACAGUGCCUUGAAGCUGCAAUUACCUACAGAGGGUGAGCGUAGGAGCACAAUUUGGGUUAAAUGGCAAGACCCAGUACUGGAUGGCUGAAAUAUAUUGUUCCUGGCAAUCAUGAAAUUAGGAGCUGUGAUGAUAUGCAUUUGUCUUUUAAAUGUUUUAGACGUUUAUUCGUUGUUUUUAGAUCCUUUUAAAUGUUUUACAUUGUUCUUAACAUUUACUAUGUAUUUACUUUAUUUUUUUAAUCGUAUUGUAUUUUCAUUAUACUGUAUUAACAUUGUUGUUACAUUUGGGUGUUUGCUGCCCUGGUUCCUUUUAAAAGAACUGUAAUAAAAGCAUGCAUAGAUGGAAACUUUAUUUGCAUUAGCCACUAGCCAUAGCAAUAAGAAAAAAUAUACUGGGGAUAGAACUAAAUAGUUAGGUAUACAAAAUACAUUCUGGAGGUCUACAUCAAUACAAAUGACAGAACUGAUACAUGAUCCUUUAACCACAGAUAAAACAUGUGAGCCAAUAGGCUUUAUUUUUAUUUUUUUCCCCUAAGCUGAGGAAUAUUAGAAAGUUAAUCAAAUAAUAGAUUUUAUUUUAAUUGCCCCUGCUAAAAAUUUUGCAGUUUUUGCUGUCACCUGGUUAUCUUGAUCUACCAGAAGAAAGACACAGUAGCAGUGCUUGAACAUCCUGGUUUGGGUAGUAGUAGAGGGGUAAUAACCUCACUCCUCAAAUCUUUAUAGAGAGUACAAUCUAGCAGUAAUAAAUACAUAAGCAGAUUGUUGGCACCCGUCUGUCUCCAGAGACAAUGAAGUGUGCCUCCAGGCCUGAAGUCAAUCCACUGCAAUAGCAGCACCAAAGUGACCUCCCUGGAGCGCAAGCCGUGGCAGUGUGGAUAGGGGUCCUGUGCUGUCUCUCAAGACGGAUGAUUGUUAUUUUGCAAGCUGGAUUCAAUUGCAUAAGCAGCACAUUCAGGUUGUCCAUAAUAAACCCACUCCCUCCAAAACUGGAUGUUUUUGUGAUAAGGAGAAUGAAAGGAAAUGCACUAGAAAGUGUGGGAUGACAUUUGCUUCUCACCAUGCUGUCUAACUUCCUAGCUAAAAGAAUUAGGACUAUUUAUCCACAAACAGGUUGUCUGUAAGUGACCAUAGCUGGUGGCAAGUAUGAAGAAGGAGGUCUCCACCUUCAUUUCCAUGUUUGUGGACUUAAUGUGAAAGAUAAAAGGUGGGUGGGGCUUCUGGAGAGUCUCAUCUUCUCCCCCUUCUCCCUAUUCCAAACAAGCGGGGAGCUGGUUCAGAUGUGGAUAUCAAUGGGGAAAGUGUAUACAUGCCUUGCCUCCACCUGUGUGCAUUCUCAGAUGUUGGCAGAGAUUUGGGAUGCUGCUGCUUCUGGGAUCCAGAGAUUGCAGGGACUUGGGGCUUCUGUGCUGCUUCUCCAGACUCAGCAACAGACAGGCCAAUGACAGGAGCACUACCUUUUCAUUGCUGAUAUUGUGUUUUAAUAGUACAGCUCCUAGAGGACAGUCAGAUUGAAAUAAAACAUCUGUUGUCUGGAACUGACUGGAGCUGAACCACUCAGAGAAUACUUCAGAAGGACAGCAAUGCCAAUUGUUACUUCCGCAUUGACAGUGUGGCUUCUACAGCUGACCAUGCUACAAGGUGAUUGAUGGAGUUGGGGAAGUGCUUGGAGAACAGUUACUCCAGGGUUGAAAGUUGUGAGGGCUCCUGGGAAAUCAUACCUUCUCUGUGCCCAUAUUUUUCCAGGGACAGUCCCAGAUUUACAGAAGCUAUACCAGUUUCUGAUUUGAUCCUGGAAUGUCCCACUUUUCCUUAGGACGUCUGUUCUUCCCAACUUAGAUAGUUCCAGGGUAUAUGCCAUAACAUUAAAAGAGCUAAAGUACUGAUGAGCCCAGGUUUAAAUGUGGUUCUGAAUACAUCUGAAUACAUCCCCUGAGAACCAUGUUUCAGAAUGAACUCUUGGCACAAUUGUCAAAGGUCUUAAUUUUUCAACCAAUUGGGAAAAGAUUGGCUACAUUCGCUGACAUAUGCACAUGAUGCCUUUUGCCCACCCGACACAGUCUAUUUGCUCCUCCCCUCACCGCAAGCUGUGAUUAAAGUAGGAAGCUUCUAAGGAAUCUUCAUGUUUCAUGUUUUGUCCAAACCAGGGAACUAUGGUUACCAAAUUCAGAGAUAGCCAGGCAAUUAAACCACUAUCAACCCACUUUUUUAUAACCUGGUUUGUUUAAAAGUGAUUAACGAUACUAACCUGAUUCUCAGAACAUGGAAUAUUAGUUAACUAGAGGCUUCUUGCUUUGAGUGUGGCAUGCCCAAAGAGAGGAGUGAAGGGGCUCUGUUCUCAAGCAAGAAUUUGUGCAUACCUUGGCUUGUUGAAUCGAGACAUGUUUGUCUGAAGUGGGCCAGUGUAAACAAGUUCCCUUCCCCCUUGUUCAUACAUACAAUCCUACACUGUGUCAUUCUUCUACAAUGACUCUUACCUGGGGUAUCUUCUUUCUUUAUUUUCCUCAGGUGCUACAAGCUCAAAAGCAGGUAAGAGUCGUUCAGUACAUUGGAAGGAGUUUUUCACAGGAAUCUCUGUGGAGGAAACUAAAGAAAAGGCCUCCUAAAAACCAGAGGUCUUGUAAUCCAACAUCCUCACCUUAGACAGGAUACUUCUUAAUAUGUCGCAUUGAUAUGAGGAAGAUAAACCCACAACAAGCUGAUGUUUCCACACCCCAAGUAAAGAGUAGAGCAAACAAGGCGCCGCAUUCUAGAUGUGAUUGCAUGGUCUUCAUUAAGAAUUGGUUUUAGGUGUCCAACUUCCUUAAGCCAUGGUGCCAAGCUGCACGCUGUAAUGCCAGGGUGGAGGAAAUAUUCAAGUCCUCAAGAUUCUCCUCAGUUCAUGCCCCCUCCAAAGACCACACUACUUUCCCCAUGUGACCCACCCUCACCAGCCAGCCAUUCAUGCUGUCCUUGGGCUCUUCUGCCUGCUUGGAAUGUGUCCUUCAACUGUGCUACCUUUUUCUUAUCUGGAUGGAGAGAUGUCAGUGAGGGGAUGCAGAAGCCUCUGGACUUUUGCGUGGCUGGAAUGUGCUCUACUUUACAAAGGUAACAGUCUCAAUUCCUUUGCCCACUAAGCUGUGGAAGAAAGGCCCACCCAUCAAGCAUCUCACAUGAAGAAUCUUAAAAUGACUCUUGCCAUCUUAAUCUCUGACCCAUGGAAACCAAAAACCCCAGGGUUUUACAUGGUUCUACUUCUAGCUAUGGUGAUGGAAGACGUAUGGGAAAAAGGGAUGCCAAAACUGAGAGCUAAGAGUCCAGGACUCAUGGAUUCCACUACCACAUAUAUGAGUAAGGAUGGAUGAGAAUUUUAAUUCGGUUCACAUUUAAAGGUAAUUAAAAGCCUAGUUUGCACUUUCUCAAGCAGUAAGCAGUAUAUGUGAAGCAAAAUACAACCAUACUUCAAACUUCACCCUUUUCCUAAUUUUGCACUGCAGAAAUUAAACUGCUGUAAAUGUGCCAAGAAAUAAAAAAGUCAAUUUCACUUACCAGAUGAAAUGCCCAUUAAACCCAAGAGAAUCAAUGACAAGAAAUAUGGUUUUAAAAUCUGCAAAAAACCUACUUGUAAAUUAAUUUUGUUUCUUCGUGUUUUCCACCUCUUCUGCUACAUUACUUCCAUUAUGUGUGUGCUGCAAACCGUAAUGGCAAAUCCUCUUAUUUCCUCUUCCACAGAGAGUGGGCAGCCGAUAAAUGCUCCAAAAAUAGUUGGGGGCCAACCAGCCUCUGAUGGGUCAUGGCCCUGGCAAGUCAGCAUUUCGCUGUUUUCUUAUCCUGUUUGUGGAGGCUCCCUCAUAGCCGAGCAGUGGGUCCUGACAGCAGCUCACUGCUUCUUCUAUGGGUGAGUAUCAUACAGUAUGUAUUGCUUUGCAGCCAUUAUAAAGCUUCACCAUACAAGGCCAGACUAAUUUCAGCUGCCUACCAGUCAGCUUCCUGGUGUCUUAGGCCUCAGCUGCACCAGACACUUAAAACACUAUCAUACCACUUUAAACAGCCAUGGCUUCCCCCACAGAAACCUGGGGACUGAAGUUUGCAGAGAGCUGUGAAGAAUGACCGCUCCCUGCUUAAAACGGGGGGCGCCCUUUGCAUGGACGCGCGCAGCCCCUAGAUCUGGAGCGGCCCCAUCAGCAUAGGCUUGGCUUUGCCUUCCCUCAGGUGGGAUACCUGGAGGUCUCCGCCUACCUCGGUCAGUUGUCCAAUCCCACCUAGGGGAAGCGUUGCCAAGGAGACCAGGCCAGGGAGGGGAGGGAUUACCUGCCCACACAAUAGAGGGAGGAUCUUACCUGGGAAUCCUCACUUGGCUCCAGAGCUUCUCCCACCCCACCCACCCUCAGUUAAUGUCUUAUUUGCAGGUUAACUUUUCUUCACAGGUAUGCGGGCGCUGCUACGUUAAGGUCGCUGUUAAAGGGCCGGAAAGGAAUUUCCCUGCACUGGCAGGUUUCGCCUUUCCCGUAGCAAAACGUCACAACUUUGGCGGUAUCAGGCCUUGGGCGGAAUCCUUUAGUCCAUCUUCCUCUUUGCGGCGGCGAUACCAGGGUUCCCCGUUAAAGGGGUUUCUGAAGGGAGGCUUUGACCGUACGCCGAAAGGUCGUCAUUGCUCUCCCCUGCGGCGGCGGCGUAACAGGGGCAGCUAUCUCUGCUUGAACAUAUGUUCUCCAGAGCCGGCCCAUCCCCCCCACAUACACUGGAUAACCCUGAAGCUCCCUAGGUCCCCGGCUGGGGACUGGGGAGGGAGAACGCCCAAUGCCUGAGCCAAGGUCUACCCACAUUUGAAAUUUAAUAAAGUUGUGGCCAAUUUAAUCCCAUAGCAUGUUGUCAUGAGUCGUUAUUCCACAUGACGGGGGGACCGCGCGGGAUCUGGGGACUCCGCCUGUCCACGCAAAGUCCUGCUCCUCACACAGAACUACUGUUCUCAGAAUGGUUUCAAAAUCCAUCCUUCUUCCCAGGGAAUUGAACUCUUGGAAUUGUAGCUCUUUGUGGAGUAUACGGUUAGGGUGAGCCGCAGGAAAUCAAAUGUCAGCCAAAUCUUUUGCCCUUGUAUUCACAGAACGGGGCCCAGGUUCCGAUACAAUGUCCUCCUAGGUGCCCAUCAGCUCUCAAACCUCUCUGAUAAUGCUGUAGCAUCUGCUGCAGAACAGAUUAUCCUCCAUCCUGACUACAAUGGCAGUAUUGACCACACAGCAGAUAUUGCUUUAAUCAAGCUGAAGUCGCCUGUGAGUUUCACUGACUACAUCCUUCCCAUCCGCCUGCCAGAGUCCUCUACAAGCUUCUCUUCAGAAGAACACUGCUGGGUAACUGGAUGGGGAGAUAUUCAAACUGGAGGUGAGGGGUUCUCUUUGUAGCACUUUUUCAGACUCUGUGACUCAUUCAAAUGAACAGCUCCGGGGCAUGGCAUUGGGGGGAGGGUCCACAGGGGUGGUUGCCCUGGGCACAAAAUUGUUAGGGACACAACAUUUCAACAUCCAACGCUGCCUCAAUACAUCUGUGCACUUCCGUCACUGGGCUCUGUUGAAAACGGUUUCUCCAUGCAAACCAGGAAGUGACCUCUCCAGACAACAGAACAACUCUUCUUUUCUUAUCUCUGUUGCUGUGAUCACCUGGGCGACGUGGAUGCCGUUAGGUGGUUGAAUGCACGUGUGUACUCCAUCCAUUUCCCUCACAAAAGUAACAUAGAAAAAUGCAUACCAGAAUGAAAUUUGCACUAAAAUGCUGGUGAAUCUCCAUGAGGAUUUUUUAAAAAGAAUUGCAAAAUGAACAUUCUCCCCCCCCCCCCGGGCCAAUCCUACCAUUAGGCAGAGUGGUACUGGUGACUCAGGUGGUGAAGGGUGUGGAGCAGUCAGAACUGUAGGCGUCAUGUGAUCUGCCUGCGCUCUCAAACUAGCCCAGUACCCUCAAGUGCAGUGGAGGAUUCUGUCCCACUGCCUGUGUUAAAGAAAACACCAGUAUUGUUCGUGGAAUCUCAGAGGGAGGGAAUUUGAUAUUUUGCCUCAAACAGCAAAAUGUAUUGGGCUGCACCUAGGUUUCCCUAGAAAUAAAUAUGGGAGGAGAAGUUGUCCCAAAGUGUGGCAGCUACAUAUCUACAGUGUACUCAAUGCUAAAUUUUUGUCCUACUGAAUGCCUCUGCAUUCCAUGAACACUUUUCCUUUCUCUAUCUUCUAGUGUCUUUACCUGCCCCACAAACUCUCCAGCAAGUGAAGGUGCCGCUCAUAAGCCGAGAAGCCUGCAAUGCUCUCUUAAACAGUGUCUCAGAGAAGGGCUUAAGAAAGGAUCCUGUCAAGCAGGAUAUGAUCUGUGCUGGUUACCCAGAAGGUGGGAAAGAUUCCUGCCAGGUAGGUUGCUCCAUGACCUGUUCUUCAUACAGCCAUCAGAGAAGGUAGACAAAGGUAGGCUCUGGCGUGAUGGCAUUAUAAAAAGAAAAAUACCUUAUGUCUUUAUGAAGAGAAUUUUACAAGAGAUUCUGCCUGAGCACUAGGAAAAUUUUCCUGAUGGUAAGAGCUGUUCAGCAGUGGAACAGACCCCCUUUGAAGGUGGUGGACUCUCCUUCCUCAGAGGUUUUUAAGCAGAGGUUGGAUGGCCAUCUGCCAAGAAUGCUUUAGCAGAGAUUCCUGCAUUGCUGCGGAUUGGACUAGAUGACUCUUGGGGUCCCUUCCAACUCCACAAUUCUAUAAAUCUACGAUUCUUUGAAUGAUUGCGUUGUGUGAACAUAGCCCUUAGCCAUUUCUUCCUAAUUUUGGUCUACCAUUGGGAGAUGGCACCUUGCAGCUUUUCAGAUUCACCUAUUUCCCCAAGAGUUCUUGUUGUUUUGUUUAAAAAUAUUUCUGUGCUGCUUGUUUUAGCAAUAAAACCUAAAAAUAUAAAAGCUUCAUAUAACCAAAACCAAGAAUAAAGCAGAUUCGAAAGAAUAAAAAAAUACUUCCUCUCUUUAAAAUAUGUAUAGCACACCUUUCUUUAAAAAAAAAAAAGUUUCCCAUACGUGUCAACUCAGAAACAAGUCCUCUUCUGUUUGGUGGGGUUAGUCUCAGGCCCCUGACCAUGAGUCAUGCUAGCUGUAAUUGUUAGGAUAUAGAGACCAACAACAUCAGGUUCCCCAUCUCCUAUUGUUGUUGUUGUUGUUUAGUCGCUUAGUCGUGUCCGACUCUUCAUGACCCCAUGGACCAGAGCAUUAUAAACCUUAUUUCAGCCCCCUUGGCUGAUCAGUAUUUGGAAUCUGUUGCUAGAGUUUUCCACCAUGGAUUCCAUGUUUUCUCCCAUCUCUUUCUCCACAGGGUGAUUCUGAAGGACCUUUGUUUGCCCCAAUGAGUCCUGUUCACUAGUUAGUUCAUUAGUUGCGUUGUUCAUUAGUUGCGUUGGUGAUGUUGAAUUGAAUAAUCCUUAUUAAUUUUUUCAAUAGUCUUUCAAACCCUACAAAGUAGAGCAAUAUUUCUACCCCUAGUGUUACAGGUGCAGUCGAAGGGGGCCAAGGCUGACAGGGUCACAGGUUAGUACCUGCCGGAGGCAAAUGAAGAUUUAUAUCGGAUGCUGGGAACUUGUUGUACUCCAGAUGUUUCUGGAAUACAACUUCCACCAUCCCUGACCAUGAGCCAUGCUGGCUGAAGCUGUUGGCAGGUGGAGCUCAGAGGCAUCUGGAGGGCCACCAGUUCCCCAUCCCUGGUUAUAAACCUCAUUCCAGCUCCCUCAUCUAAUCGGUUUUCCUAAUCAGAGUGCUCAUUGCCAUGUUCACCACAAAUCCUGUACCAUCUCCCAUCUCUUUUUCCACAGGGUGACUCCGGGGGACCCUUAGUUUGCCAGCUCAAAGAAGGUUGGAUGCAGGCUGGGAUUGUGAGCUGGGGAAGGGGCUGUGGCCAACCCUCCCGCCCAGGUGUCUACAUUUCAGUACCUUUCUAUGCCAACUGGAUCCAAGAGAGAAUACAGGGUAGAAAUGGGGGUGGUGGGGAAAUUGGUGGGCUACCCAAUGUUGUGACAUUCACCUCGGUGGCGUUUGUACUGGCCCAUUUGUGA